CCACGUUUCUUUAACCGCCAUUUCUUCUUCCACCGUUUCUGUCCUCAGUUAUCCAAGAGACUAGUGAUACAAGAUGAUGCUGGUGCCGCUGGCUCUCGUGCUGUUCGCGGCGUUCGUCAACGCCGAGCCGGCGAUCAACGAGGCCCGACCGCACAGUAACCGACCUGGUAGAUUCUUGUCUCUUCCGGUACCGCAGAAGUGCGCGAAUCGGCCGAAGCAGUUGAACUUCCGAGGCCACAACUAUUUCUACAGCGGGCACGUGCCGGCUCACGCCAAUCAGAAGGUGGAUUGGCUGGAUGCGAGAAACAUUUGCCGGGAGUACUGCAUGGACUUGAUCUCGAUGGAGACCCAAGAAGAGAAUAACAUGAUCUUCAGGUUCAUUCAACAGAAUGACGUGCCGUACAUCUGGACGUCCGGGCGUCUCUGCGAUUUCAAGGGCUGCGAGAACCGGCGUGACCUCGAGCCGAAGUCCCUCUACGGCUGGUUCUGGUCAGCGAAUCGCGAGAAGAUGGCCCCCACCAACCAGGCGCCGAACGGCUGGGGCUUCAAUCCGUGGUCGCAGACCGGCCACAAGAAGGUCAGGCAGCCGGACAACGCCGAGUACGACAUCAACGGCACGAACGAAUCCUGCAUGUCCGUCUUGAACAACGUCUACAACGACGGCAUCGCCUGGCACGACGUAGCGUGCUACCACGAAAAGCCGUUCAUCUGCGAGGACUCCGAGGAGCUGCUCAACUAUGUCGCCAGCAGCAACCGCGGCAUCCGCCUUUAAUGCGACCCGAACGGUCAGCCCCGACCCCCGCGCUGAUCACGAUCGUCCAUCAGCGUCACAUCAGCACCACUUUUCCCUUCCUUCCUUU